CUGCACUAGUACACAACUCGUGCAAACAAACAUGGCAGAAACACACCCCGGAAGUCAAGCAGAAAUGGCGGAACAAGGCCACCAGCCAACGACCGCCGCCGCCGCUGAGGGUGCUGAAAAAGAAAGCAAUAUCAAGGAAAGAAAAGUGUCGUGGGCAAGGCUCCGCCGCGUCGACUCCCUCAACAUGGAGGCCGGAAAUCUCUCUUUCAAGCCCACCCACCACACCUCCCGUCAGGCAAGUUGGGGCAGGACGAUGAGUCUGGCGUUUCAAAGCAUAGGAGUGAUAUACGGAGACAUUGGGACAUCGCCGCUGUAUGUAUACGCCAGCACUUUCACUGACGGGAUACAGAACAAGAAUGACAUAUUGGGAGUGCUAUCUCUCAUCAUCUACACUCUAAUAUUGGUUCCUAUGAUCAAAUACGUCUUCCUUGUCUUGUGGGCUAAUGACAAUGGUGAUGGAGGAACGUUUGCGCUAUACUCGUUGAUCUGUCGGUACGCAAAUGUGAGCCUGAUACCAAAUGAUCAGCCUGAGGACAGACAACUGUCGAAUUAUAGACUGGACACACCAUCAAACCAGUUGCGACGGGCUCAGAAGAUCAAAGAGAAACUGGAGAAGAGUAUAACUGCUAAGAUAAUUCUCUUCCUUGCAACAAUCCUUGGAACUUCAAUGGUCAUUGGUGAUGGUGUUUUAACUCCAUGCAUCUCAGUUCUUUCUGCUGUGGGAGGAAUCAAGCCUCUGGGCCAGGAUGCUGUUGUCUACAUCUCUAUUGCAAUAUUGAUCAUUCUUUUCUGCGUGCAACGGUUUGGCACUGAUAAAGUCGGCUACUCGUUUGCUCCAGCCAUCUGCUUAUGGUUUCUAUUCAUAAGUGGGAUUGGCCUAUAUAACUUAUUCAAACAUGAUGUGACCGUCUUACGUGCCUUCAACCCGAAAUACAUAGUUGAUUACUUUAGAAGAAAUGGCAAGAAAGGAUGGGUAUCGCUAGGUGGGAUCGUUCUCUGCAUCACAGGGACUGAAGCCAUGUUUGCUGAUUUAGGCCAUUUCAAUGUACCGGCUGUCCAAAUUAGUUUCUCCGGGAUCGUGUUUCCUUCUCUACUUGUGGCAUACAUUGGACAAGCUGCGUAUCUUUCCAAGUUCCCAGAUCAUGUAGCCGACACAUUCUAUGACUCCAUACCAGGUCCACUUUAUUGGCCGACAUUCGUUGUGGCUAAUGCUGCUGCAAUUAUUGCCAGUCAAGCCAUGAUAUCGGGAGCGUUCGCUAUCAUUUCUCAGUCCCUUAGUCUUGGCUGUUUCCCAAGAGUGAAGGUUGUUCACACUUCUGCCAAGUAUGAGGGCCAAGUUUAUAUCCCUGAGAUCAACUACCUCCUUAUGGUUGCUUGUGUGAUAGUAACUUUUGGAUUCAAAACGACGGAAAAGAUAGGCCAUGCUUAUGGUAUCGCUGUUGUUGCUGUUAUGUUGAUAACCACAUGUCUGGUCACCCUAAUUAUGCUAGUCAUAUGGAAGACUAGAAUUUGGUGGAUUUCCUUGUUCUUUGUGGUCUUUAUGUCGGUUGAGCUCAUAUAUUUCUCGUCGGUUCUCUACAAGUUCACUCAAGGUGGUUACCUUCCACUAGCUUUCUCAUUUGCACUUAUGAUAAUGAUGGGCAUCUGGCAUUACGCACACCAACAACGGUACAUAUUUGAGCUUAAAAACAAGGUUUCCACUGCUUAUGUAUCGGAUUUGGUCAAGAACCGGGAUGUAAACAGACUACCUGGAAUCGGGCUUCUGUAUUCCGAACUUGUUCAAGGCAUCCCACCAAUCUUUCCUCACUUCAUUUCCAACAUUCCCUCAAUACAUUCAGUAGUAGUCUUUGUCUCCAUAAAGUCCAUCCCUAUCAGCAAAGUCGCUCUGGAGGAGCGGUUUCUGUUCCGUCAGGUUGAGCCAAGGGACUACAGAAUAUUUCGCUGUGUCGUCAGAUACGGAUACAAGGAUCUAAUAGAGGAACCAAAGGAAUUCGAACGCCAGCUUGUGGAGAACUUGAAGGAGUUCAUCAGGCACGAGCAGUUCAUACUGGACGAUGGCCCUGUCGAACAAAUGCCUGAUCGGACCACGAACAUUCCCCAUUCUGGUUCACUAGUUGAUGGGAAGGCCAGAAGAUCGAGCUCUUCUGCAGUUCACAUCGAGGAAUCGUUGGAGCAGCCAGUCCCACCACGCGUUUCGUCGAGCUCGAUACAGUCGUUUAACGCAUCUAAAUCGGCAAAUUCUUCUAAUAGGAUUGCAGCCGCAUCAUCGGUCCAUGAUGUGGGGGAGGAGGUGCAGAGAGCGCGGGAGCAAGGAGUGUUUUAUCUGAUGGGAGAAGCUGAAGUGGUGGCACGGCAAGAGUCAUCAUUGCUCAAGAAGUUUGUGAUCAACUAUGCCUAUCCUUUCCUAAGGAGGAACUUCAGACAAGGGGAGACAACAUUGGCAAUACCUCAUACCAGGCUUCUUAAGGUUGGAAUGAUAUAUGAGAUAUGAGUUGCUUCACACAAACGAAUUUAUAUAUGCACCCCGCCCACACCCACACCCACACACACACACAAUCACAUGCUUGUUUCAGUGUGUAAUAAUUUUCUGUAUAAUCCAUGAUGUGCUAAACUCUUUUGUUCAAUGUAUUGAUUUUUCAAUGUGACCAAGAUCUGGAGUGUACAAUCUACUUCUUUUUUCAAAAAAAAAUAAAAUGAUGUGAUUACGAGGAAUGAAUUGA